AUCAUUUACUUAAAGCUGUCAAACAAAAGUCACUUUAUUUAUUUCCUUUUGUAUCAUUAGGUCCUUCUCAUCUUCUCAAUUAUUGAAUCUGUUUCAAAUCAACACAACAAAUAUUUCUGAAGAUAUUCUUCUUCACUCCUAUCCACCUCUCUUCUCCAACCUUUCCUUCAUUUCAACACCAGUUUCUAUCUAUGGCAGAGGCUUUACUGGGAAUUGUGCUUGAAAAUUUGGGAUCUUUUGUUCAAGACCAACUUGCAACUUAUUGGGGUGUUGAACAGCAGACUCAUAAGCUUUCCAGCAACCUCACCGCAAUUCGUGCUGUCCUCAGAGAUGCUGAGAGAAAGCAAAUAACAAGUCAUGCCGUGAAGGAUUGGCUGCAGAAACUCACGGAUGCAGCGUACGUGCUUGAUGAUAUCUUGGAUGAAUGUUCAGUUCAAUCCAAAAUGCUACACUCUGAUGAUGGACAAAGUUCAUGCUUGGCCUAUGUGCACCCUAAGCACAUUCUCUGUCGUUUUUAUAUCGGAAAGAGGAUGAAAGACAUCACCCAGAGGUUUCAUGACAUUCAUGAAGAAAGGCUCACGUUUGAAUUGCGUGUGGGUGUCACGGAGAAGCAAACAGUCAAUGAUGAUGAUGAUUGGCGUCAAACUAGCUCAGUCAUUACUGAACCCAUAUUCUGUGGCAGAGACAAAGAUCGAGAGAAAAUUGUGAAAUUUCUCGAGGAAGAUGCUAGUGGCAGUGAAGACCUCACCAUCUAUCCCAUAGUUGGUAUGGGUGGUCUUGGCAAAACAACUCUUGCCAAGCAGGUAUUCAAUGAUCACGAGAUAAGUAAACAUUUUGACUUGAGAAUUUGGAUCUGCGUUUCAGAUGAUUUCAAUGUCAAGAGAAUACUGCAAUCGAUUAUAGAAUGUAGUAUUGGCCAAAAUCCCAACCUCGGUGAUUUAGAAGCAAGGAGAAAAAGGGUUGAAGAAGCAUUGCAAAGCAAGAGGUAUUUACUUGUUCUUGAUGAUGUGUGGAAUGAAGACCGAGAGAAGUGGAAGGAGUUGAAGGGGAUGUUGGAGUGUGCUAAGGGAGCAAAAGGAGCUACCAUUUUGGUCACCACUCGACUUCAGGAAGUUGCCUCCAUCAUGGGAACGCAUCCUGCUUACAGUUUGACAGCAUUGUCAGAAGACGACAGUUGGUCGUUGUUCAAACACCAUGCGUUUGGACUAAAUAGAGAAGAAAGGGAAGAGUUUGUGACAAUUGGCAAAGAGAUAACGAGGAAAUGCGUUGGUUCGCCACUUGCAAUCAAAACACUGGGAAGCUGUUUGCGUAAUGAAAAUGAGAUAAAGCAGUGGCAGAAUAUUAAGGAAAGUGAGAUUUGGGAUAUACGGGAGGUAAGUAGUUCUCUGACAAAUGACGAAAAUGCUAUCAUGCGUGCUUUGAAAUUAAGCUAUUUUAAUUUGGAGUUGUCAUUGCGGAGAUGCUUUUCUUUCUGUGCAAUUUUCCCUAAAGAUUUUGAAAUUGAUAGAGAAGAACUCAUUCAUCUCUGGAUGGCUAAUGGAUUUAUUAAACAGGAAGGGAAUGUAGAGGUGGAGGAUGUUGGUAAUAAAGUGUGGAAAAGAUUAUAUGAUAGAUCAUUCUUCCAGGAAGCAAAGGCCAAUAGGAUUGGUAUGAUUAAAACUUUCAAGAUGCAUGAUCUAUUUCAUGAUCUCGCUCAGUCUAUCAUGGGUGAAGAAUGUGUGGUUUACGAGGAAGGAAAGUUGACUCGAUUGUCAAAUAGAGUUCACUAUUUACGAUUGCUAAAUUCUAAUAAGUUUGUCGAUAUGGCUGCCUUCAAGAAAGUUGAAUCAUUUCGAACUUUACUUGAUUUUGGUUUAGGAUUGCAUCAUGUAAAUAUUCGUUUGUUGCCAUCAAAUCAUUGUCUCCGAGCAUUACACAUACGAUCAACUCUUUUUUCCCCACUAAAUGAUUUGUCACAUUUGAGAUAUUUGAGUUUGCACAGGUGUUCAGUCUUGCAUAGUUCUAUUUGUGGGUUGCAGAAAUUGCAAAUACUGAAACUCGAAGAUUGCGGAGGGUCGCAUAAUUUUUUUCCAGAACACAUGACACAAUUACAGGAUCUUAGGCAUCUUGUGAUUAAGGGUUGUCCUAAAAUAGCAGAGAUGCUUCCGAAUAUUGGCAAGUUAGGGCAUCUAAGAACAUUGAACACCUUCGCCGUGGGUUCAAAACUGGAGUAUGGGUUGGCAGAGUUACAUGGCUUAAGUCUAGUUGGAAAACUGCAUAUCAGAGGCCUGGAGAAUGUGAGCAAUGAAUGGGAGGCUAAAGAAGCAAAUUUGAUGAGCAAGAAGGAGUUGAAUCGCCUAUACUUAUCAUGGAGUGAUAGUCCUAACUCACAAGGUAGUAAUGUUAGUGUGGAGAGAGUCCUGGAAAACCUGGAACCUCCCUCAACUCUGAAGAGUUUUGGGAUGAAAGGAUAUCUGGGAAGAAAGUUAUCGAGUUGGAUGAGAAGUGUUGUAGUUUUGAAAGACUUAGUGGAAGUUAUGCUCUUCGACUGUUUCUUCUGUGAGGAGCUUCCUCCACUUGGUAAACUACCACAUUUGAAAAGGGUAGACCUGCGUAGAAUAAGAAAUGUGAAGUGGAUAGAUGGUGAGUCGUAUGAAGGUGUGGAGGAGAAGGCAUUUCCAUCGUUGGAGAAAUUGAAUGUGGAGAAUUUACCAAAUUUGGAGAGGUUGUUGAGGGAUGAAGGAGUAGAGAUGCUCCCUCGUCUUUCCCAAGUAAGAAUUGAUGGUGUCUUGAACUUUAAAGUCCCACAUCUUCCGUGUGUUGAGGAGCUUGAUGCUAGAGACAUUAAGGCAGCGACUUCUUUCAUGGAAGGGGUUGUGGAGAAUGUGACUUGUCUGAAGAAACUGCUAAUUGCAUCCAUGAGAGAUUUGAAGGUACUGCCCGAAAAACUGAGCAGGCUGAGUGCACUACAGGAUCUAAAGAUAUUGGAAUGUGAAGAGUUGAGAUCGCUGCCAAGUAGCUUUCAACGCCUCACCAACUUGUCUAAAUUAAGUAUUUUGAACUGUGAUCGUCUGGAGGAGAGGUACAAAAGAGAAACAGGGAAUGAUUGGCAAUUCAUAGCUCACAUUCCAAAUGUAGAAUUGGAAUCCUUCCCCUCGCACGGAGUGAAACCGGCUUUAUCAUUUAGUGAUCGUUACCGGCAAUCAUCUUGCUCAUGGAACUGCUUCAAGGUUAAAAGACCGCCUGCUGAAACAGAAAGAAUGGUUGAAUAUAAUUUUUUUGACUACAUGGAUGAGUAUGAGUGAAUACCUGGAACUGUGCUGUCAUGCCAAAGUAUUGCAUCAGUCACAAUCUCUCUGGUUUUUUCAAGAAAAUCCAACUUUCACAGUUUCAUCUUUCACUAUUUGUGGUUACAUCACAAGCACUCCAUCAUGGAUUCUAGUUCUAUAAGCAAGUUUGAAAAUGUGUAAGAAUCCUCUUAAUGUAAUAGAAGAGGACAUGGCGAGCGCGAAUUUGAUGUAUGAUUUGAGGAGUACCAAAGAUUAUACAGGCAAGGAUUUCAAAUUGGAUUGCAACAAAGGAAUCCAUGGGCAAUAUGACAAAGAUGGUUGUUACUUCCACAUGCUGAUUUGGUGGAGUUAGUCAGAACUGCAUUUUUAUGGCCAUGUGAACAACCUUGGUGGUGUUGCGGGUAUGUUUGGUUGAACAUUUAUCUAAUAAAGUUUAUUAUAUUAUAUUUGUUACACAUAA